CAACAAAAUUGAAGAAGAUUCAAAAAUUCAAUCGAUCUUGUUGAUACUAUCCCGUAAUAUAUUUAAAAAAAAAAAUAAUUGUUGCGGUUCUAUAUACUCAACAUAUACAUAUAAUAUAUACAGUUGAUUAGUUAAAAACUUAGUUAAAAGUCUAUACAGUAUAUAAAGAUUGAAAAGUGUAUCAGUAUAAAUGAAACAUAUACUAAAUAACAGUAUAUUUGUCGGGAACAUAUANUCUUGGUCAUUCUCAGGAUCGGAUUCCUAUGGUGUCUCUUGCAUUUUCUUUUGAAAGAGAAGGAAUUAGUGUAUUCCGCUUCGACUUCGCUGGUAAUGGGGAGAGUGAAGGCUCAUUUCAGUAUGGAAAUUACCGUCGAGAGGCUGAUGACUUGCGUUCUGUAGUCGAGCACUUUCAGAAGGAGCAUCGUCACGUUGUAGCACUUGUCGGGCACAGUAAAGGGGGGAAUGCUGUGCUUUUGUAUGCCUCAAUGUACAACGACGUAUGCACAAUCGUCAACAUAUCUGGCCGUUUUGAUUUGAGGAGAGGGAUUGAAGGUCGGUUGGGUCAAGAUUUCCGUGAAAAAAUCGAGCAGAAGGGAUUUAUUGACGUGAAAAACAGAAAGGGGAAAAUUGAGUAUCGAGUGACUAAGGAGAGCUUGAUGGAUCGUUUAACAACUGAUACUCUUGCUGCCUGUCGAACUAUACCACAAAGCUGCAGGGUGUUAACAGUUCACGGUACAGUGGAUGAAUUCGUUCAAGUUGAAGAUGCAAUUGAAUUCGACAAGCAUAUACCAAAUCACAGUUUGUAUAUAGUCAAAGGAGCUGAUCAUGAAUACACUAAGCAUCAAACCGAGUUGACUUCGCAUGUGGUUAUCUUUGUGAAGGCAGGCAUGCAUGUAAAUGUCCCUGAAACUGUUUCAUCUUGCUGUGGGAGUAAAAAGUGUGUUAACUCUCGGCUGUAAUUAUUUUGAACUGUAUACUACAAGUUCAGGUAGCAUCAGACUUUCGUAGUUAAUUAUUGAAAAAAGGUUCAAUGGAGUGUUGCUGAGGUUGAUUCAUUUGAAAUGGAUUAAGGUUUGCCACUUGCUAGUAUAUUGUUUGAUUGUUAUUUUAUUUUUCCUGUAUUUAUACAAAAGCAUGAACCUGGCUCUGAUAGAAGUCGGAUUAACUCCAAAAGCACUCGACAAUAACGAUAUUCAAGCAGUUUGCAAUUUGGCAAAACUUAUUGAAUUCUACUGUUUCGC